AUGGCCUCUGCCUCAUUCCGGGAGUCGAUGAACUCCCUAGGGUGGAGCAGGAGAGAAGCAGAUGCGCCUGUCAACACCGCAUCUCCCUCUGUGAUGGACAGAGUUACCAACCUGUUUGGCGCAGGUGGCUAUGUUAGGCUGCCGAUCUCAGAGACAAACCCUGGAGCUCCCCUCCCGGCGCCCACAAGAAGAGAAGAGGAGGAAGGUUUCUUCGCGCAUACAUGCACCGCGGCGAUGUUUGCUACCUGCAUUGGGCUCAUGUUCACACCCAUCUUUAUUGUCAAACCUCGCAAGUUUGCCAUACUGUGGACGAUGGGAAGCGUUCUGUUUCUGGCAGCCUGGAGUGUCAUGAUGGGCCCCAUUCAGUACGUCCAGCAUCUUAUCUCUGGUCCGCGACUUCCGUUCACUGCCGCUUAUUUUGGGAGUAUUGCACUUACACUUUACUUCUCUCUUGGUCUCCACAGCACUAUUCUCACCUUCAUUGCGGUCAUCGCGCAGCUGGUUUCCCUACUCUGGUUUACCGUCUCUUACUUCCCCAUGGGCUCCACAGGCCUACGUUUUGGAGCACGCUUUGCAGGAAAUCGCGUUGCGGCUUGGAUGAACGAUUAA